AUGAGUUCUCCUCCCCCUACCGCUGGCGGUGGCCGACAGGGCAGUUCGCCACAAACAGGCCCCGGCGGCACAUGGCACCCAGCAAGAGCAUGGCUCGAGGAAGAUGAAUUAGGAGACGACGACGACGAUAUGGACUUUGAACCUGAUUCCGAAGAUCCCGAUGAGAGAGUCGAUGAAGAAGAGUACCCUGAACCGGACGGGGAUGAGGAGUCUUACGCCGGUCAGUUCGGUUUCGGUAUCGCCAAUCCUUCUCCUGCCUUAGUCGUCUGUUCUGACACUGAUUCUAAAACUGUCUUUCCAGAACCCGAAUUGAAUUUGGGCAACAUUCACAUAGAGUUCACAAUGGAUGGCAAUGACCAGACCGCGGGACGCCCGACUCAAGUGUCCCUCACCCGUUUACGAAAUAUGCUGGCUUCUGGUGGUCUACAACAAAUUUUCCGCUAUCAUGGAUUCGCUCCCGGUCCUGGUGGUUUCGAUGACGAAUAUGACGAAGAAGAGGAGUACGGGAUAUUAGGGCUAGGCAGGCGGGUUCCGAGACGGCGAGGCCCCCCUGAAUAUCCCAAGGUGCCGAGUGAUGAAGGAACGAAGCUGAUGAGGUCCGGAAAAUUCGGGACGACUCCCAGCUAUCUUGAUGAACGUAUGAAACGGAAGAAGUCUUUUGCGGAGAAGGUAAUGUGGCGGGAAUUAGGGGUUGAUGGGCAGGGACUGCAGAGAAGCAGGGUCCCUUCAAUAGCACAAGAUCUCAUUCCCGGCACCACUGCGGAUAAAAUCAUCCAUUACGACGCAAAAUGCUACUCGGGUCAGUUCUCUGAUGAUGGUAAUUUCUUCUUUUCCUGCUCCCAAGACUUCAAAGUCAGAAUGUAUGACACAUCGAACCCUUACGAAUGGAAGUACUACAAGACGGUAGACUAUCCUCUCGCUUCGUGGACAAUCACAGAUGCCACAUUGAGCCCCGACAACAGAUUCUUAGCAUAUAGCUCGCUCCGACAACUCGUCUGCCUUGCGUCAACGGAUCCAACGGACGACUCUGAUCCCAUUGUCUUGGACUUUGCCUCGUCUCCCCAAGGGAGAGCCGGUCGGGAUAUAUUCGAAAGGGAUGGCUUUGCUGUUUGGUCUGUUCGAUUUUCGGGAGAUGGCCGUGAGAUCGUCGCUGGUACCGGCGACCAUUCAGUGAUUGUAUAUGACCUUGAAACUAGACAGCCGGUCCUUCGCAUACGAAACCAUGAAGAUGAUGUGAAUGCAGUGUGCUUCGGGGACAAGUCUUCGCCUCACAUUCUCUACUCUGGGUCCGAUGACAGUACAGUUCGUGUCUGGGACCGGAGGUCUAUGGCCGACAGACGAGAAGCCGGAGUAUUUGUAGGGCAUACCGAAGGGUUGACUUACGUCGACAGCAAAGGUGACGGUCGAUAUGUUCUGUCGAACAGCAAGGAUCAGACCAUGAAAUUGUGGGAUUUGCGAAAAAUGAUGCCCACAGCCAAAUUCGACAAACUUGAACCUACAAGCUAUGGGACGGGAUUCGACUAUCGAUUCGACCCUUUUCCGUCGGACUUCUAUUACCCGCACCCGCAUGACUGCUCUGUUGUUACGUUCCGAGGACACAGCGUCCUCAGAACUUUGAUUAGAUGUCACUUCUCACCACCGGGGAGCUCGGACUCUCGAUAUGUCUAUAGUGGCAGCGAAGACGGGAAAGUAUAUGUGUGGAACCUGGACGCGACCUUGGCAGGAACAGUUGAUGUCCAGAAAGCGACACACUUUUCACGCCCUCGCAGCAGUCGUCCCCAAGGUCAUAUGCAUGUGAGUAGAGCCGAGAGUAGUCGAUGGAAGACUUGCGUGCGUGAUGCUAGUUGGCAUCCAAAUGCUCCUGUUAUUGCUGCAACGUCUUGGAACGGUUGGGGUUGCUCAACAGGUACCUGCACAAUACAUGCCUGGAACCAUGGCGCUCCCAGGGAUGAGUGUGGCCCGGAACUCGCUCAUGGGGAAAGCUACGACCCAGAACUCAACCGGACCGAUCUGUGUGAAAAAGCAAUUGAUAUGCGUGCUUGGGAGGAUGAGCGGGCAUGGGAUGCAUGGGAGGCGGGCUUGUAA